AUGAAGAAUGUAUCACAAUUUUUAACCAACAAUCAAAAUAUAAACAAAAUAAAUCCAAAUACAGGUAUGGAAACUUAUGAAGCAAAGCAUUAUGAAGCUAAUCCAUUGAUAGAAUAUAUAUUGGAACACCAAAAUGAAAUAGAAUCAUCAGAAUUAAAAGAAGCAUUUGCUACACUGAAUGAAUGUGCUUCAAAAGUCGAUAUGGAGCCAAAUUGUUUAUUCUUCUCAGAAGAUUUUAUUAGAUUUAUUUUCACAAUUUUCGAAAAUCAGAAUGUUCCUUCAGAUCUACUAAAUUCCAUUGCAUUACUAAUAGUUUGCGUUUCAGAACAAGAAUAUGGGCAAAAAUUCUUUUCCAAUUCUGAAAUUUUCAUAUUGAUUAAGUUAUUAUUUCAGUUUGGCGUGGAUACCGGCCUACCCGAUAAGUCUUUGAUACUUUUAAGUAUUUUCCUUCAAUAUGAGAAUAUUUCAAACAGUUUUUUUUCAGAAGAUCCAACAAAUCUUCUAAUCGAAAGUCUUGAUUAUUAUUUUAAUGGUGAUGACUUUGUCAUUCGAAAAUUGAUGAAUUCUCUUAUUACUAAAGCAAAUACUCCACCAGAAAUAAUGAAAGCAAUAUUUUCCAAAUUAAUUGAACUCUCAAAGAACGAAAACAACUCUAACAUUGAUCAUAUUUACAUAUUACUUGAAUCAAUUAUUGUUCAGUACAAAAAAGUUGACUUUUUAGAAGAUUUUGACUUUUUCACAUUUUUUUCAGAGUUGCUUCAAACAGAUUUUACUAGAACCGAUUUAUAUGAAAAUACUAUUUCAGUCAAUAAUAGAAAACUUCAUUUAGUGAUUUAUGCAAUGGGAAAAAAAGUAUUUGAAAAAUUAUCAUAUGCAGACUAUAUUAAUAUUUUACUUAAUCCAAAUGUUGACCUAUUGGGCCACAUUCCCUAUCUAGAUACGCUUUGGAGAGAAAUUAUUGAACCUGAUGAAGAAGAAAUUACCUCACAAAAGGCCAAUAUUCUAUUUGUUGAAACAAGAAUACUUGAUCUUAUAGAUUUUCUUGCCCAGAAUGGUCAGUUUUCUCAUAGAAAGUAUGCAAUUCAGUUUUUGGGGACAAUUAUGACUGCAAUGUCACUAGAACAAGUCAUUUCAUAUGUUAAAGAAGAAUACAUUGACUUAGCAAUUGAUAUGUGUGAACCUUCAGAAGGACAUUUUCUCGCUCUUUUUGCUCUUUCAAUUCUUUACACGAAAAUUGUGGCUGAACAAAAGAUUGGUUCAACUGAAACUGUUGAAAAGAUUGCAUACGAGAGCUUUUAUAAUACUCUUCUAGAAUGGCCACGUCCUGAAGGAAAAGAAGAUGAUAUUUACGCUCACAGAUUUUUGGAGCUAGUUAAUACAAUAUUACAGACUGUGAAUAAUAAUAAUUAA